AAGCAUAAAUUCUCCCGUCGACGAGACUGUCUCAAUUCACGUCGUCCAGCCGCGGCCCACACUUCGUCGACAGCGCGGCCUGGGUCCUUGGAAGGAUGUAUUCUCAGAAUUGAGACGCACCGAUAGAGCUAACUGCUUGUUCUCUCUCGAAAUUUGAGAACUAAACAGGACGACUGGGAAAAAAAACAAAAUGGCGUCCCAACCGCGGUUGGAUCUAAACUACUCAGGAAGAAGUCAAGAUGGCGUUUAGUGUUGAAAUAGUCCUUUUUUACUCAUCAGUGCGUACAUGUACCCACAUAUACUGUUUGAUAGAGUAAACAUCGUUAAUAAUUGUUUGUAUCCGGAUAAAUUAGUCCGAGUGCUGAAGCUUCUCGUGCUAGCCUAGCUUGCUAGUUAGCUUAGCUUGUUAGCUGCUAAGAAAGAGACGCGGAAGUGAUCAAAAGACAUCGCUAGCAGAGAUAAAGUGUGAGUGUAAAGUGUUGUGAUUGUGUGAAAAUGUGCGAAAGAACGACAGCAGACCACGCGCGGGGACUUUCUCCAGCAAAAGCGGAGAACGAGCGACUGGAGGCUGUCUUCAAGAAACAUCAAGUUGUGUUACACAGAACAGAUGUCCAGCAGGCCCCCCACAUUAAAGAAGAAGAGGAGGAAUGUUGGAUCACUCAGGAGGAGGCUGAUGUCAGCAAGUUUCCACUGACUGUUGUCUCUGUGAAGACUGAAGAGCAUGAAGACAAACCACCUGAGUCCUCACAGCUUCAUCACAGUCCAAACAUGUGUAAAGAACAUCUCCCUCAGCAAAAGGAGGGGAGCUUCAGGGUGCCGCUGGAAGAACCACAGUCCUCCCAAAUUAGAAAGAAAGAUGAGACACCGCAGAACCCUCGCAUUAAAAAGGAUAAAGAUGACCUACUGACCCAAUACAUUAAAGAGGAAGAAGAGGCGCCACAGUCCCCCCACUUUAAAAAGGAAGAGGAGGAAUACAGCAUCAGUCAGUUGGAGGAGUUCCCAGUGAUUGUGAAGAGUGAAGGUGAUGAGGUCAAAGGUGAAAGUGAGGAGAGGGUAGGGGGGGAGCCUCCAAGCAGCAGCUCAACACAACACAUGACAACAGAAGCUGAUGGAGACCACUGUGGAGGAUCACAAGCAGACAAGCUCGUAGCUCCACUAUCAGAUAGUGAGGACACAACGUCACACUCUCCUGACACUGAUGAUGAAGACUCUAAAGAUGAUAAGACAUGUCACACUGACAGCAAACGAUUCAAAUGUUCUCACUGUGAGAAAACUUGUAAUCGCCGUGAUCAUCUGAAAUUACACAUGAGAAUACACACUGGAGAAAAACCGUAUAUGUGCUCAGUUUGUAGUAAAAGAUUCUCUCGGAAGGAAGAUUUGAUAAAACACACAAGAACACACACUGGUGAAAAACCUUUUUCCUGCUCGGUAUGUGGCAAAUGUUUUCCCCAAAGAAACUGUUUGAAAGACCACAUGUAUUUACACACUGGAGAAAAACCUUUUUCCUGUCCAAUAUGUGGUAAAGAUUUUGUGCAAAGACAGUCUGUAAAAAUACACAUGAGAACACACACAGGAGAAAAACCUUUUUCUUGUUCAAUAUGUGGAAAAAGUUUUUCAGUAAGUGGGUCUUUGAAAGUCCACAUGAAAUUACAUACGGGAGAAAAACCUUUUACCUGCCAAAGCUGCAACAAAAGCUUUACUGAAAGUUCAAAAUUUGUUGUACACCAGAGAACGCACACUGGUGAAAAACCCUAUUCUUGUUCAACCUGCAACAAAAGUUUUUCUGACCGAUCAGCAUUCGUAGUGCAUAAGAGAACACACACUGGCGAAAAACCAUAUUCCUGUCCAAAAUGCAACAAAAGUUUUAAUCAACGAUCAGCAUUUGUAAGCCACAAGAGAAUACACACCGGUGAAAAACCAUAUUCCUGUUCAAGCUGCACCAAACGCUUUAUCGACCGAUCAGCAUGCGUAAAACACAUGAGAUCACACACUGGUGAAAAGCCAUAUUUGUGUUCGGGCUGCAACAAGAACUUUUGCACCCGAUCAUCACUUGUGAAACACAUGAAAAUACACACACGAGAGAAAAUGUUUAGUUGCAAUGUGUGUCGCGAAAGAUUCUCUUAUCAGUACGAGUGUAACAAACACAAGUGUGCUGGUGAGAACAGCAGCAGCAAAUGAAGCGGCAGGAUCUGAAAUGAACUCUUAAAAUUAAUUACAUUUUGACUUUGCAACAUCAUCAGUACACAUAACUCGUGUAACAUAAUUGUGUGUUACACAAACUUCUUAAAAUGCUUCUAUACUCAUAAUUUAUAUAUUUUGAAUAAGUAUUUUGUUUCAGUCAAGUGCAUGCAUUAAUAUGCAACAUUAUGUACUUCUAUUAAAAAAAUAAUCAGACAAAAUUGAAAAGGUAUGUAUACGUUUAUGUGUAUAUAUGUAUGUAUGUAUAUAUAUAUGUAUGUGUAUAUGUAUAUAUAUAUAUGUGUUUAUAUACACAUAUACAUACAUAUAUAUAUAGAUAUAUAUAUAUAUAUAGUCAAUGUGAGUUGAAACCCUCUAUCUCACCCACCUCUCCCGUCCAAAGGCAAAACCUAGUAACUCACUUCUAGUUGAUUUUGCGAAAACCAAUCUAUCUUGAUGCUGUCUUACAAAGAUCUACAAAGUCAUCAAACAUAUAGAUGUUUUCCUGAGCUUUCAUUUUCUUGCUGAUUGAGCCAUGGAUUGAAUCUGCUCUCAUGAACGUGUGCCCUUUCUCCAGACAUUUUAUCACAAUCUCGGGCGGGCCCCAUUCUGCGUUUGCACAUUGGGCAAGAGCCGUGUACAGCGUCCAGUUUUUAUUUUGACCUUCACAGUUAUCUGCCCAAAAGGAGCAUGCAUGGGGAAGAAUCAAGAACAAUACAUUUAAUGAAGGUGCUUGCAACGUCCUGGGCAAAUAUUCCAACUAUCCCCUUGUGCCAUAAUAUCAAUUAAUCAGGUUGACCGUCGGCCCCCAUUGGUGCAAAUGUCUCAUUAAAGACAAUAAGGCGACUGACAAAGAAGCUUUGAUUGGUCCCUUGAGAUACUAGGUUUUUCUGUUGUAUCUACGCGGUUAUGUGGUAGUUGCUAGGUCCUGCCAUGCGCGUAACAGCUUACUUACGGAACAAAUGACAAUAUCGCAUACACUAAUGUAAAGCAUGUCACAUAGGAACUCCGAAAGUAUUAUCAGCUCAGUUUUGACCAAAAUUGAGUUACUGGGUUUUAACUUUGGACGGGAGACCUAUACAAAGCACAACCACAGAGCCCAGAUAUAAACUCAUCUGUGUGUAAUAAAGAUUCUGAUCAAAACGUAUCAAGUAUGUUAGUCAUGUGUGUUUAUACAUGUUCUUAUGUGUAUUAUCCCAGUUUGGUGAAUGAAAGUACGGAAUGUGAAGGUAAAGACCUCAAAUGACCUUAUCAGAUGCGUACCUGACUAAAGACAUGAUGCUAUUGCCGGAAAGUACCGAGGUCCUUGGUAACUGUGACUAACAGGAAGAAAGUAGAACAGAUGACCGUCAAGAACAGGAUGUUGGGGGAAGAAUCUGGAAAUUACCCGACAGAUGACACGAUGUAAUAGGUUGUACACUUAGUGAACAAAUGUGAAGAGACAACACCCCGAAGUGGGUUAAAAACUUUGUAAACCAAUGAAAAGAUGACAACAUGUAUACGUUGUAUCCAAUGAGAAGUCAACACAAUGUGAUGGACUGUACUCCCAAACCAAAAAAGGAGUUGUUUGUCUUGAAAAGGACCGGCCCAUUACGAAGGGUAUAAAAAGGGUGCAGAAACCGCUAUCAUACGGGAUUCGUGCCUGGACCAGCCUUUGGAUGGAAGACAAAGAGGACUCCUGCUUGCUUGGACAACAACUUCUCCAAAAAUCCAAGAAGAACUAAUUCAACGAAAGAGACUGUUUUUCAUCUGAGAUCUAUCUACCUGCUAAAAAGCAGAGAGGAAACAGAUUCCGAUUGACAAGAGACUGACCUGCGAUCUGACGAAGGACAUCAAGGGCGUCGCCCACCAGAGCAUCACAGCUCUUGGUCCUCUGCUCCGGAGCAGCCAAAGCUUGGGUCCGGUCUCCCUGAUCCUGCGAUCUAACCCAGCUCCUUCCAAAGAGACACUUUUUGCGGACUUUGUCGGACUUUCCCCAAAUAACCUUGCACAGUAAGAAACAAACUGAAGUCCAACUCGAAACGAAUUUUAAACCACAUUGAUUUACUAUUACAUUCAUUUUUACAAUUUUAUACAUUUGUACGGUUUUACGCUAUUGAACCUGCAAUAAAUAGCAGUAUAAAAAUA